UCCCGGAAGCGGAAGCGAGGGUCCGUUUCCGGGCGGCUGAUUCGAGGACUUGUUUUGUCACAAGUGGAGACUGUGGAAAGCUCCCUUAGGUGGGCCAUGCCGUCUGAGGGUCGCUGCUGGGAGACUCUGCAGGCGCUGCGCAGUUCUGAGAAAGGUCGACUCUGCUACCACCGCGACUGGCUGCUGCGGGGCGAGAAUGUCUUGGAAGAAUGUAUGUCUCUUCCCAAGCUGUCUUCCUACUCUGGCUGGGUGGUAGACCAUGUCUUACCUCACGCACAAGAGAACCCACCUUCUUCUGAGACCUCAGCAUCCUCUAGAUCCGCCUCCGCCCUCGACCAACCUUCAUGUGUUCCCGGAUCGCCUGUCAGAACCCCUGCCUGCUCACCGUCCUCCUCAGCAACUCCAGAUGGACCCGAGGGCAAACAUGAGUCCCGGCAUACAGAACCUAUGGUACUUCAGUCCUCCCGGGGGAUCCAGGUGGAAGGCUGCAUCCGAAUGUAUGAGCUCGUACACAGGAUGAGAGGGACAGAGGGCCUGCGGCAGUGGCAAGAGGAGCAGGAGAGGAAGGUGCGAGCCCUCUCCGAGAUGGCAUGUGAGCAGCUGAAGCGCUUUGACGAGCGGAAGGAGCUACAACAUCAUAAGGAGCUCCGGGACUUCCGGGAAGUGAUGGAGAAGAGCUCCAGAGAGGCCCUGGGCCACCAAGAGAAGCUGAAAGCUGAGCAUCGUCACAGAGCGAAGAUUCUCAACCUGAAGCUUCGGGAGGCCGAGCAGCAGCGGCUGAAGCAGGCGGAGCAGGAGCGGCUGCGGAAGGAAGAAGGCCAGGCCCGCCUGCGGAGCCUCUACGCCCUGCAGGAGGAAGUGCUGCACCUCAACCAGCAGCUGGACGCCUCCGAGGCCCAGCCGCACGGAGACCUGCUAAAGCUCGACCCGGCUGCCCUCCGGACCCGAGGCAACCAGCUGUGUGGCCUUGUCUCGGGGAUCAUUCGGGCCACAUCUGAGAACGGCUUUCCCACAGCAGAGGACCAGGCUGCGGCGGAGAGAGCCCUGCAGGAAAUGCGGGACCUCCUGACAAGCUUGCAGCAGGAGAUCGCCAGGGCCUGUGAGAACAAGAGGAAGCAGGAUGAGGAGGCGACCCGAGAAAAGCGGCAGGAGUCAAAGAUGCAGCAGGGCCCGGAGGUCCCCAGAGAGGCCCCAGCUCCCAGCCAGGGCCCAGGAGGGAAACAGAAUGAAGACCUCCAGGUGAAGGUACAGGACAGUACAAUGCAGUGGUACCAGCAGCUGCAGGAUGCUUCUAGUCAGUGCGUGUUGGCCUUUGAGGAACUGACCAACAGCAAAGACAGUCAGGUCAAAAAGAUAAAGAUGGACCUCCAGAAGGCUGCCACCAUCCCAGUGAGCCAAAUCUCCGCCAUUGCAGGCUCAAAGCUGAAGGAGAUCUUCGACAAGAUCCAUAGCCUGCUCUCUGGAAAACCCGUUCAGUGUGGCGGGCGCUCCGUGUCCGUCACCCUGAACCCACAGGGCCUGGACUUCGUGCAGUACAAGCUGGCAGAGAAAUUUGUGAAACAAGGAGAGGAGGAGGUGGCCUCUCACCACGAGGCAGCAUUCCCCAUCGCGGUCGUGGCGUCCGGAAUCUGGGAGCUCCACCCCAGAGUGGGCGACCUCAUUCUCGCUCACCUCCACAGGAAGUGCCCCUACUCUGUUCCCUUCUACCCGGCUUUCAAGGAGGGAAUGGCGUUGGAAGACUAUCAGAGGAUGCUCGGCUACCAAGUGAAGGACUCCAAAGUGGAACAGCAGGACAACUUUCUGAAGCGCAUGUCUGGGAUGAUCCGACUCUACGCCGCUAUCAUCCAGCUCCGGUGGCCGUACGGGAGCCGGCAGGAGAUUCAUCCUCAUGGUUUAAAUCAUGGUUGGCGCUGGUUGGCACAAAUCUUAAAUAUGGAACCCCUGUCAGAUGUGACAGCCACCCUCCUCUUCGACUUCUUGGAGGUGUGUGGGAAUGCCCUCAUGAAGCAGUACCAGGUACAGUUCUGGAAGAUGAUACUUCUCAUCAAAGAAGACUACUUCCCCAGGAUUGAAGCCAUCACAAGCUCAGGACAGAUGGGUUCCUUCAUACGCCUCAAGCAGUUCUUAGAGAAAUGUUUGCAGCGCAAGGAGAUUCCUGUCCCCAAGGGCUUUCUGACUUCCUCCUUCUGGCGUUCCUGACGGCCCUCCGUCGCCUGCUCACCAUCACCGUUUUGUUUGAGAGGGACAAUAAUAAAGCAACUGAAAACAGCUGUAUUUGGGAGAAGUCAUGUCAGAUUUAGAAAUCCACCAAUAUAUUUGUACCUGGUGCUUCAGAGAGGAGACUUUUCAGGGUUCCCUAAAUCUCGGGGGUCUCUUCAAAGGCUGAAGGCUCUUUAAGGGGUCCCCAUGGUAGAGUAAAUGGCAUUAGCAUUUCUCAUUUCUGAAGUGUGGGGAGGAGCAGUUUAGUACGUGGUCUAAUCGUUCAUCCCCUUUGUGUCUGGUGUCUUUCAGGAAGGACGUAGUCCCUUCACCAUUUCCCUCUGAGCAGAAAUGAGCCCGCCCCUUCCACUGCACCCUUCCCCGCCCCUCAGUCCCGCUGUUCCUGGUCAGAGUAUGGUUAAUGGUCGAGGCCCACAUUCUCGCAGGCAGCUCCCGGUGUGGUGGUUGUGCCUUUCUCAGCCUGUGAAGUCGUUAUAAACUCAGAGGAAAUGCCUGUAGACGAAGAUUAAGUCCCAAAUUGUAUCAAAUAGUUAGCAUCUGGGACUAGGACCAUUGAUACAUGUUAUGUUGAAAAGAACACACUGUUGGUCCUUUUAAUUUGGAGUUUGGGCCCUGGAUGGCUAGGGAUGCAUGAAUCAAGGAUGGUGUGGGGGGGCGGCGGCGGCGGCGGCGGCGGUGUUUGUGAAUUUGGAUGAAGACAGGCCGAGAUGGGCUUACAACAUUACACCUGAGCCCGGCAUCUACGAGCAAUGACUCGGGGGUUACAUAAAAUAAAGGUGUUUGAGAGAACUUGGGAACUGCUUUAGAAUUGUUGACAUGUCCUGUGUAAAGAGCGAUAAUAGAUUCGCCUGACUAAAGCCACUACAGAAAUUCAGAGCUUGGCUGUUCAGAAAAGAAUUGAGGUUUGUUUCAGGAGAGACUCACCGUCUUCUGUACAACACGCAGCAGCUGUGGACCUACGCUGUACUACAUGUCUGCGGGGAGGUGUUCUGGGGGGCAGGGGGAUCCCCUGGUACUCUUGAGUGGCUUGAAGUGACACAUUCUGUGAAUCGUCGGCUCUGGUGCCAAAAAAACAAGGAAUAAAGCUUGAUUUUUAAAAACCCAU